GAGUCUGUGACUGUAAGUGUGGAAGUAAGCCUAAACCUCCCACUCCGCUCAUAAACCCUAACACGUGGCGCAUCCUUAACGAAUGUUUUCCUCAGCACCCAAGAAAAAGAACACCAAUGCUACUCCACUCCGAGAUCACGGUGGUGCUGCUGCCGCCGCCGCCGCCGCCGCCAACCUCUUCCAUUCUCCGGCGACACCUCAGUCUCGACAAAGAAGCUCCUUCAUCUUCAACGAAAACGCCGUCCCUAACCGCCCUUCUACCGGCACUCCCGCUCCCUGGGCUCCUCGUUUAUCCGUCCUCGCCAGGGUUCCUCAAGUUGAUAGAAGUGGAAAAGGUGAUGACACAGAUCCAAUUAAGCCGGUUUUCGUUGCGGAGUUUCCUCAAUUGGUUCGCGAUGAGCAAGCUACCUUGCUUCACAAACGAGUUUCUGUUGAAGGUUUAGGGUCUGGUGGGAUCGACAAAGACACUUCCCUUGCUUGGAUUACUUGUGGGAAUAGGGUCUUCAUUUGGAGUUACUUGUCGCCGGCAUCGGGGAUGAGAUGUGUUGUUCUUGAGAUUCCCUCGAAAGUUUUGGAAGACGGCGACACUGGCAAAAGUGAUGCUGGGAGCUGGUUGCUUUGUGUUGUUAAUUGUGAUGACACGUCUAAGGGGACGAAUAAAGUCCCUAAGCAUUGCAGUUCUGCUGCUGUUAUUAUGUGUAAUUGGAAAACUCGGGCUGUUAUUUACUGGCCUGAUAUAUAUUCUGAAUCACACAAUCCUCCAGUCACUAGCGUUGCAUCCUCUGAUGAGUUGGAGACUGUUUUGACUCCUGAUAGGAGAAGUUCCUUUGGCAAGCACCGGCGACAAAGUAAGGUGGGUGGUAGCUUGAAUGGAUUGCACACUUUCAACUCUUUGAUUGCUUCUGUGGUUCCUGGUUGUAAGUUUGUGUGUGUUGCUCUUGCAUGUAGCUCAAAUGGUGAGCUUUGGCAGUUUCACUGUGGUCCAGAUGGCAUUCGUCGAAGGAAAGUAUAUGAAAAUGUUACGCGUUCGCCUCAGCAAGGAGGUGAAUCAGGUCAAAAUGUGAGCAACAAAUGGUAUCCAAGGUCAUUGACAUGGCGUUUUCCACAUCAUUCUCCUAAGGAAUCAAAUCGGCAAUUCUUCCUAUUGACAGACCAUGAGAUACAGUGUUUUAAGGUAGAACUCAGUUCUGAUAUGCAUGUUUCAAAGCUUUGGUCCCAGGAAAUUGUUGGAACAGAUGCUGAAGUUGGCAUUAAGAAAGAUCUUGCUGGUCAAAAGAAAAUCUGGCCUCUUGAUGUGCAGGUGGAUGAUCAUGGAAAAGUGAUCACCAUUCUUGUUGUAACCUUAUGUAAUGACCGGAUUAGCAGUUCAAGCUACAUGCAGUAUUCUAUUCUAACCCUGCAAUAUAAAUCUGGCUUGGAUUCUGAGACUACAAAUGACAGGAUUUUGGAGAAAAAGUCUCCAAUGGAGGUGAUAAUCCCAAAAGCUAGAUAUGAAGAUGAAGAUUUCUUGUUUUCCAUGAGGCUUAGAGUUGGAGGCAAGCCUUCGGGGUCUACGGUCGUAAUAUCUGGGGAUGGAACAGCAACAGUUUCCCAUUAUCAUAGAAACUUAACUCGCCUCUACAAAUUUGAUUUACCCUAUGAUGCUGGAAAGGUACUAGAUGCCUCAGUUCUUCCUUCUGCAGAUGAUUAUGAAGAAGGUGCCUGGGUUGUAUUAACAGAGAAAGCAGGAAUAUGGGCAAUACCAGAGAAGGCUGUCAUACUUGGUGGAGUAGAACCACCUGAGCGGAGCCUAUCACGGAAGGGCAGUUCAAAUGAAAGAUCUGCCCAAGAAGAGAUAAGAAAUCUUACAGUUGCAGGUAAUUUUGCUCCCAGAAGGGCUAGCUCUGAAGCAUGGGGUACUGGAGACAGACAGAGGGCUGUUUUAAGUGGGGUUGCACGUCGAACUGCACAAGAUGAAGAAUCAGAAGCUUUACUAAAUCUUCUUUUCAAUGAUUUUUUAUCAUCUGGCCAAGUUGACAGGGCACUUGAAAAGCUGGAAACUUCUGGUUCAUUUCAAAGGGAUGGAGAAACAAAUGUUUUUGUGCGGACUAGCAAAUCAAUCAUUGACACCUUAGCUAAACACUGGACAACAACCAGAGGAGCUGAGAUUUUGGCUAUGGCAGUUGUUUCCACCCAACUCUUGGAAAAGCAGCAGAAACAUCAAAAGUUCCUUCAGUUUCUUGCAUUAUCUAAGUGCCAUGAGGAGCUGUGUUCUAGACAGAGACACGCAUUGCAAAUUAUAUUGGAACAUGGUGAAAAGCUAUCUGCAAUGAUUCAGCUUAGGGAACUGCAAAAUAUGAUUAGCCAGAAUCGUUCAGCUAGUGUUAACUCCUUGGGUUCUAGUUCGGAUAUACAGAUGUCAGGUGCUCUUUGGGACCUGAUACAAUUGGUUGGUGAGAGAGCUCGGCGUAAUACUGUCCUUCUGAUGGAUAGAGAUAAUGCUGAAGUAUUCUACAGUAAGGUUUCAGAUCUUGAAGAUUUCUUUUACUGCUUAGAUGCAGAAAUAGAAUAUGUUAUAAGACCAGAACACCCGUUUGAAAUCCAGUUUCAGAGGGCGUGUGAACUCACAAAUGCAUGUGUUACCAUAAUUACGACAUGCUUAAACUAUAAGAAUGAGAAUCAUCUAUGGUAUCCACCUCCUGAAGGUUUAACACCUUGGUAUUGUCAACCUGUUGUACGUAAGGGUAUUUGGAGUGGUGCUUCUGUUCUGCUUCGGUUGUUAAGUGAAAUAUCUGGGUUUGAUAAAUCAUCAAAAUUAGAUUUGUAUAGUCAUUUAGAAGCUCUAGCUGAAGUGCUACUUGAGGCAUAUUCAGGUGCUGUUACAGCUAAAAUUGAGUGUGGAGAAGAACAUAAAGGUCUAUUAAAUGAAUAUUGGGAGAGGCGGGAUGCGCUUCUUGAAUCUCUUUAUCAACAGGUUAAAGAAUUUGAGGCUACCUAUAAGGAUUCAAUUGAAGGAUCCGAAGGGAUGACUGGAGAUGCAAUUUUGAAGAUUAUGUCACAUCUGCUAUCAAUUGCUAAACGUCAUGGAUGCUACAAAGUUAUGUGGACAAUAUGCUGUGAUGUAAAUGAUUCAGAAUUGCUGAGAAAUAUUAUGCAUGAGAGCUUGGGUCCUGAUGGGGGUUUUAGUUACUAUGUCUUUAAGAAACUUCAUGAAAGCAGACAAUUCUCUGAGCUCUUGAGGCUUGGUGAAGAAUUUCCAGAGGAGCUGUCUGUUUUCUUAAAAGAGCAUCCAGAUCUUCUUUGGCUUCAUGAUUUGUUCCUUCAUCAAUAUUCGUCUGCUUCAGAAACACUUCAUGAAUUGGCUCUAGCACAAAAUGUUCAAUCUACCUCGGUUGCUGAAGAAGGAGAACAAGAGUAUUCGAAGUUGAAUCUAAAACUAAGUGACAGAAAGAAUCUUUUAUAUCUCUCAAAGAUAGCUGCCUUUGCAGCUGGUACAGAUGCUGGUACUCAAGUGAAGGUGGGCCGCAUUGAGGCUGAUUUGAAGAUCCUAAAAUUACAGGAGCAAGUAAUGGAAGGACUCCCUUCGAUUAAAGAUAAGCAACUUGUUGAACACCAGCUGCUUCAUCCAGAAGACUUGAUUAAGUUGUGCCUGGAAGGCGAAGGGCGAGAAUUCUCGCUGUGGGCCUUUGAUGUGUUUGCGUGGACCAGUGCCUCAUUUCGCAAGGUAUACAGAAGGCUUUUGGAAGAUUGCUGGAGAAAAGCUGCUAGUCAAGAUGAUUGGAGUAAACUCCAUGAUUCAUACAUAGUUGAAGGAUGGAGUGAUGAGGAAACCCUGCAGAACUUGAAGAGUACCAUACUGUUCCAGGCUUCAAGCAGGUGUUAUGGACCUGGAGCUGUAACUUUCGAAGAAGGUUUCGACCAAGUAUUGCCCUUGCGACAAGAAAAUAUGGAGACUCCUGGGGAUACAAGUUCUUCAGUUGAAGCAAUAUUAAUGCAACACAAGGAUUUCCCCGUCGCAGGCAAGCUUAUGCUAAUGGCAAUCAUGUUGGGUUGUGAGGAAGGUGGUGAUACCACAUACGAAGAAGGGCCUUCCCCUAUGGAAUAGUGUAUUACAAUCUAGUGUAGGUAGCAUGACAUGUGAAAUGCAGCUUUUAUUUCGUUCCCCUUUAACCAUUACAUUGCAUUUCACAUUCACACUGGCUGAUAACGAUAAUGGUUCUCAUACGAGUCGUGAGCCCAAUAUUAAAAGAGAAAUGUUACUUUUACUUCA